AUGAUUGAGAAAAAAGGAGACCCAUCAGUUGAGUGUGAUCCAAAUAAGGAAGUAAUGGAACCAGAAAAUGAGGUUAAGAAGGGUGAGAACAGUAAUAAUGAAAAUCAGGAUUGUGUCUGCUCUAAUAACCAAACAGAGAAUACUAAAGAAGGGGAGCAAGGAAGAGAGUUAAACAACAAAAAUGAUCCAGAGGACCAGGAGGUUGGUUCUAUCAGUCAGGAGAAGGAAGUGGUAAGUCCCAAAGAAGCUGUGCCUGUUUCUUCUUUCUCAAAAUCAAUUGAGGAAAAUUUCAAUGAAGCUCAAGAGUUUAACCCUUCUAAUAUUGAGCCCUUAUUGCUUCUAACCAAUGGAAGCCCAAAGCCUCUCCAAUGUAAAACCCCAUUACAUGGUGUGGUAAUGGAUAUCUUGGAAGGAAAUCUUAGGAUUAUUGGUACGAAAGAGGGUAAAUCGAAUAAGGAGGAACCCAAUGGAGAAAAUAAGAGGUUAUCCGCUUCUCUAGGGAAAGCCAAGAGAAAUCUGGAAGGAGGUGAAUCCAGCAAGGAGAAGGCGACCUCUAGCAAAAAAAGUAAUAAUGCCUUUGGGACGGAAACCCAUGAAGAAAAUAAUGAUACAGAGGAAAUUGGAAAAGAUGGCAGUGAAAUGGAUAUGAAUGAUUCUGAUGGUGAAGACAACUGGAAAGAUGAGGAGGUGGGUGUAGAGGAUGAAGGUGGUGAGAAUGAGUUUGAUAAUGACAACUCAAUCCACACUGCUAGCCCUGGCAAUUACAACAACAAACCUAUGGUGGAUGUGGAAGACAAGGAUAAUGAGGAUAAAGAUGUGAAUUCUGAGAGGGAGGAGAACAAGGAACUUGAGUAG